ACUGCUGUUGUUAAAAAACUCAGGAUUGGAGGGAGUCCAGGACAAUACAGUGCAGUCUAAAAAGCCCUUGAGAGCACAGAAUGGAUAAAAUACAUGUGCAGAAGGAUGUGACAUACAUCUGAAGAGAAGCAUUUAAUUCACAAGGAGGAGAUGAAUGUAACCUGGUUGUAGGCGAACAGUGAUGAGAGAGAUUUAAACUAGAACUAUAGAAAGAGGCAGAAUCGAAGGAACAGAUGGACUUGGGCGGAUUAAGUGAAAGCUGGGUGGGUUUGUCAUAAUAAACAUUCACUGGAGGUCGAGAAUGAAUAAAAGAAAAGAGAGAUUGCGAGAGAAUAAGGUGAAACUGCAGAGACAGAUGUGAAGUGCAUGAAAAGGUGUCUGGAAAGACCAGGACAGACAGAUGUACCUUUCUUUCUCUUAGAGAUUAACCGAGAUCAUGAAGGAUUACAAAGAACUGAACGAUGGUGAUGAAGACAUGAAAUAAGUAUGAAAUCCUCAGAAAACUGUAAUCCUUUCCAAGACGGAUACCAGGUAAGACUCUUCGUUACCACAAAAACGUAGAGUGUUUUCAUCUGAGCUGAAGAACAUCUGGGAAACACUGAUGAAGAUUUUCAGCUGUCAUCUUUAAAGGAUUUUUAAGGACACAUUUGUCGGAGGUGGACCACGAAGACAUGUUUAACUGAGUCGCUUCGCCAUUUUUACAUGGAAACCUAAGGCACUGUAUCAGUUUCUGCCAUGUUGGAGCAAUUGUCCCGCAGGAAUCGGUCGUUUCUGUCCCUCUCGCUGACCUCUCUGGCCCUGGCGCUCUCUGUGCUGGCCUUUUGCACCUCUUACUGGUGCGAGGGAACGCACAAAGUUGCCAAGCCUCUCUGUCUGUCACCUGUCAAAAUGAAGAACUGUGGACAAAACAACAGUCAGCCUUACACAACUGAGGUUCCAACAGGAGAUCCGAAAAAACCUGAAUCAAAUGUGACAAUGUCUCCAAUCCAAAAAGAGGAACUGGCCCGUAUUAGAGCCAAAAAUCUGGCCAACGCAGUGCACUACAUAUGGGAGACUGGAGAGGACAAAUACAUGCUGCGCUAUUUCCACACUGGCUUCUGGUUGUCCUGUGAGAAACACAAUGAAGGUGAGAAAUGUCGGAGUUUCAUUGAGUUGACCCCUGGAGAAACCCAAGGAGUUCUGUGGCUCUCGGUGGUCUCAGAGUUUGCAUACAUCAGCCUGUUGGCCAUGGGUUUUCUGAUGAUGUGGGUGGAGCUGCUGCUGCUGUGCCUGAAUAAGGAGAUGUAUGCGCUCAAGAUCAACGCUUUUGCUGCCAUCUGCACUGUGCUGUCUGGCAUGAUGGGAAUGGUGGCGCAUAUGAUGUACACAACAGUAUUCCAGAUGACUGUCAGCAUUGGGCCCAAAGACUGGAGACCUCAGACCUGGGACUACGGCUGGUCAUUUGCAAUGGCCUGGAUCUCCUUCAGCUGUUGCAUGGCGGCGGCCGUAUUCACACUAAACUCUUACACCAAAACAUUGAUUGAGAUGAAACACCGUGCCCGUGUCCGUCUGGAGGAAGCCCGAGCUGCCAACCACGCACCUCCCUAUGAUGAGGUGAUCACAAGCGGCGGAGAGAGCCUGUACUCGGUCAGCCGGCUGGUUCAGCAAAGCCAGCAGGGAGCGUACAUCGACAACAUGUGGAUGCCCAGAGACGAAGGGUCCAUUGGGGGAAUGGUGGGCACCAAGAGUCCUCAUGGGCUGGUGCUAUUGGGGGGCUGUGGGAGAGAGGGAUGCGAGGAUUGCGAGAGAGAAAUGGAUGAGAUGGAGGAAGCGUUGGAGAGGGAGAGAAACGAUGAAAUGUGCUGAGGAGACUCUAAUGGGAAAUGACAUUUGGAGAAAGAAAAAAAAACAACGAAGCUUUUCGUCAUCAGUACCAUCAGUGAUCACAUUUGCAUAUCUUUUUUUUUAAUUAAAGGGAUAGUUCAAACAAGAAAGAAAGAAAAUUCUGUCAUCAUUUACUCGCCUUUUACUUGUUUACUUUUCACUUUAAAUAUCUUUCUUGUGUUAAACACUAAAGAAGAUAUUUUGAAGACUGUUGAAAGCUUGGAACUAUUGACUUCCAUAGUAGUUGUUUUUCUACUUUGGGUGUCAUUGGUUACAAGUUUACAACAUUCUUCAAAAUAUCUUCUUUUGUGUUCAGCAGAUGGAAGAUUGGAACCCACAUGAGGAACCAUUUUUUUGUUUGUGGGUGAACUGUCCUUUUAACGUCCAUAUUUUGCUUAAGCAUUUACUGUGAAGGACUCUUUUACAUGCUCAGAAACAACUGAAACAUGUCAUGUAUAAAAUAUGGAAAAACAUCUUUGGUGAUCCUUUAACAACAUUCUGGCAUCCUGGAAAAGAGCCCUGAACUUAUUAGAUCCUCGGGUGCUGGGCUCCCUCCCGUUAGCAGGAGGGGAGUUUGAGCUUUGGUAGAUCUUGAUGAACUCCCCCUGACUUAUUUCUGGCUAAUGAUGGAUAUAGGGGUGCUAUAGAGAGAUAUACUGCUUACUAAGAGCUCGACUAUGGUGGCAAUUUGGUACGUUCAGUUUACUUAUGUUGUGUGUUUUUGGACUCAUGACCAUAGGUUAAAGUAGAAACAUAGAUUGACCGGGAAAUCGAGAGCUUUGUCUUUCAGCUCAGCUUCUUCUUUACCACAACAUUUUUCCAUCCUUCUUUUAAGGCUGAUUUAUACUUCUGCGUCAAACGCCGGCGUAUGCUACGGCGCUGACGCAUAGCCCUUC